GUUCCCCCCCCGCAAAAUCACCGUUGUUAGGAGGGGGAAUGGUGAAGUAGAAACGGAAACGGGCUGAAUAGCACCUUGACACCAUCUCUGGCAAAAGCAAUGGGUAAGGAAAAGAUCCACAUCAACAUUGUUGUGAUUGGCCAUGUGGAUUCUGGCAAGUCCACCACCACUGGCCACUUGAUCUACAAAUGUGGUGGCAUUGACAAGAGAACCAUCGAGAAGUUUGAGAAGGAAGCUGCUGAGAUGGGCAAGGGUUCCUUCAAGUAUGCCUGGGUUUUGGACAAGUUGAAGGCCGAACGUGAACGUGGUAUUACUAUUGAUAUUUCUCUCUGGAAAUUUGAAACCAGCAAGUAUUAUAUUACCAUUAUUGAUGCUCCUGGGCAUAGGGAUUUCAUUAAGAACAUGAUUACUGGUACUUCUCAGGCUGAUUGUGCUGUUUUGAUUGUUGCGGCUGGUGUUGGUGAAUUUGAAGCUGGCAUAUCUAAGAAUGGCCAGACUCGGGAGCAUGCCCUGCUAGCCUACACUCUGGGUGUGAAGCAGCUCAUUGUUGGAGUGAAUAAGAUGGAUUCUACUGAACCCCCAUAUAGCCAGAAGAGAUAUGAAGAGAUUGUCAAGGAAGUCAGUACUUAUAUCAAGAAAAUUGGUUACAAUCCGGACACUGUGGCAUUUGUACCAAUCUCUGGCUGGCAUGGUGACAACAUGCUGGAGGCUAGUGCUAACAUGACUUGGUUCAAAGGUUGGAAGAUCAAUCGUAAGGAGGGUAAUGCUAAUGGAGUUACUCUAUUGGAGGCUCUGGACUCUAUCUUGCCACCACAACGACCAACAGAAAAGCCUCUUCGCCUUCCUCUACAAGAUGUCUACAAAAUUGGUGGCAUUGGCACUGUACCAGUGGGCCGUGUUGAAACUGGUAUUCUGAAACCUGGAAUGGUAGUAACCUUUGCACCUGUUAAUGUGACAACAGAAGUAAAGUCUGUUGAGAUGCAUCACGAAGCCCUGACUGAAGCUAUGCCUGGUGACAAUGUUGGUUUCAAUGUCAAAAAUGUGUCUGUAAAAGAUGUCCGCCGUGGCAAUGUUGCUGGGGAUAGCAAGAAUGAUCCACCAAUGGAAGCUGCCAACUUCACUUCACAAGUAAUCAUCUUGAACCACCCAGGACAGAUUGCUGCUGGCUAUGCUCCUGUCUUGGAUUGCCAUACUGCUCACAUAGCUUGCAAGUUUGCUGAGUUAAAGGAGAAGAUUGACCGUCGCUCUGGAAAGAAGUUAGAAGAUAACCCCAAGUCCCUGAAGUCUGGCGAUGCUGCCAUUGUUGAAAUGAUUCCUGGAAAGCCCAUGUGUGUUGAGAGCUUCUCUGAGUAUCCACCUCUGGGUCGUUUUGCAGUUCGUGACAUGAGACAGACUGUGGCAGUUGGUGUCAUCAAAGCUGUUGAGAGGAAGGCUACUGGUGCUGGCAAAGUCACCAAGUCUGCCCAGAAGGCUCAGAAAAGCAGAUGAAUUCUACAUCUAUCAGCUGCCACUUCAGCCUCCUCUGUUGGAAGCCCAGCUUUAGAGUGGAUGAUCACAGUUUACCAUUUAAGCUCCAUAAUAAAAGACUGGUUAAUCAAAAUGCAUCGUAAAUACUUCAGAAGGAAAGGAUUGUGGACCAUUUCAUUAGUCUACGUUGUAGCAGUUUUAAGUUAUUAGUUUUUAAAGCUGUACUCUUAAAUAGAAACUAAUGCCUUUACCAACAAUUCUGUCAUAGAAAUUAAAGCUGUUGAACAUAAA